GCCCCCUGCCCUUGCGGCGGUGGAAAGAUGGCGGAGUUGGACAUUGGGCAGCACUGCCAGGUGCAGCACUGCCGGCAGCGAGGUGACGCUGGAAGCCCCAUUUUCAUCCGCGGGAGACCUGGGCCGGGUUCUGACGGCCGGGGCGGUGGCGGCGGAUUUUCUUCCAUUUGUGUGUGAUGGUUGUUCAGGAAUAUUUUGGUGAACACUUACGGUGAAAACAUUUGAGACUGUACACGCCCCUUCGUUCUGUGGCUUCUGCUUGUUCUUACCUGAAAGUCACUACUGUAGUGUGCAGAAUGCACCAUAAGGAUGUGAGAAGUUAAAACAGCCCGAGUUACUUCAGUUAUCAUUAAAUGUAUUAGCUGAUUGCAUUUAAAUGAUUUUUUUUUUUUGUAAUUAUUUAAGCCUUGAACACAGAAGCAAGGACUCUCAUGGUUGUUCUGAGGUGAAUGUAGUCAAGGAGAGACCAAAGACAGAUGAACACAAAUCUUACUCAUGCUCUUUCAAGGGCUGCACUGACGUAGAGCUUGUGGCAGUGAUCUGUCCUUACUGUGAGAAGAACUUUUGCCUGAGACACCGUCAUCAGUCGGAUCAUGACUGUGAAAAGCUGGAAGUCGCAAAGCCUCGAAUGGCUGCCACACAGAAACUUGUCAGAGACAUUGUCGAUGCCAAGACAGGAGGGGCAGCAAGUAAGGGACGGAAAGGCGCAAAAAGUAGCGGAACAGCGGCGAAGGUGGCGCUGAUGAAGCUAAAGAUGCACGCUGAUGGGGAUAAGUCCCUGCCGCAGACAGAAAGAACAUACUUCCAGGUCUACUUGCCAAAGGGGAGCAAGGAAAAAAGCAAAGCCAUGUUCUUUUGCCUGCGGUGGAGCAUCGGGAAGGUUGUGGACUUUGCAGCUUCUCUCGCUAAUCUCAGGAAUGAAAACAACAAGCUGACAGCGAAGAAGCUGAGGCUGUGUCAUGUCCCUUCAGGAGAAGCCCUGCCAUUGGAUCACACAUUGGAAAGGUGGAUCACGAAGGAGGAGUGCCCUUUAUAUAAUGGAGGAAAUGUUAUCUUGGAAUAUCUUAACGAUGAAGAACAGUUUUUAAAAAAUGUUGACUCUUACUUGGAAUAGUCAUUCAAGGAUUCAAGCCAGCAGAAUCCUUAUAAGCAGAAACCACUAUCAGUAGACAGUCAGCUUUGUUGUGUUUGUUUUGUUUGUUUUACUACAGAUACUUUUUUAAAACUCUCAAAGUUGCUGUCUUAGAAUUUAUUUCCAUUAGGUCCUAAUUUACACCAGUAGUUUUCUACUAGGUUCCAUGUUGGUGUUUAAUUAUGUGUUGACAAUUACUGGCGAAGUAUUUUAUUAGCUGUUUCUGGGUUAGGCUGUAGAAAUAUCAGCAAAAGUGUCUUUCCUGGUAGACUAAUGGCAGCCAUUGACUGGCUGCUGUGUCACAGCCUGUACUGCCUUCCCUCCGAGAUCCCGCUCACACAACACCCACCUUUUUGUGAUUUUGCCAUUCUACGGCAGAGGAAGCUGCAGAUGGCAGACUCUUUGGAGGGGUCGUACAAGUGGUACUUACCAAUAUUAUUUAAAGGAAGUCCUAUGAUUAAACCUCAUAUUAUGUCCAGAAUACAUAGCCUUACUGGAUACCUAAAUCAUGACGCAUGAAUUGCAGACUCUUGCAGAUCCUCUCAUUCAGUCUUCCAGGAUAAGGUGUGUGAUAAGACACCACAUACCUAAGAAGGGAACGUAAUUUUUUUGGUAUCAUGUAAUUGCACUGGAUAUGUUUCUGGUAAGGAGUUUUCUCUAGUAGGAUUCAACUUUUUGUGUGUGUGAAUGUAUUACAAAUGAGAACUUCACUCGAAUAAACUGAUUUUGUUACAGUCUAUGCUUCCUGUAACAAAGCGAGACAA